GAACUGACUAUUUAGAACAUCAUGUCGAAUACGGUGGACUCAAAUUUAAAAGCUAUUCGAUAUGAUCGUGGAAACCUUGACAUAUUAGAUCAACUGCAAUUACCAACGCAUACAGAAUAUAUUCCUAUAAAAAAUACCGAAGACGGAUGGGACGCCAUCAAGCAAAUGAAGGUGCGAGGUGCUCCGGCAAUAGCAAUAGUAGGAUGUCUCAGUAUGGCAGUGGAGAUAUAUCACAUGGAAUUUCAGUCUCAUCAAGAAAUAGCUGAUUAUGUGAAAGAUAAAUUGAAUUAUUUAGUUACUGCCAGACCCACUGCAGUCAAUAUGAAAGAGGCGUCUGAUUGGAUCUCAAAAAUGCUCCAGGAAUUAACUACAGACAGCGAUUUAUCUGUUCAUGCAUUUAAAGAAUUAGCUAUAGAAGCAGCAGAGAUUUUGUUUGAAGAUGAUGUUACUAUAAAUAAAGAUAUAGGACGGCAUGGUGCAGAACAUAUUCUAAACCAUUGUCAAGAUAAAGAUAAUGUCAAUAUCUUAACCCAUUGCAAUACGGGAUCUCUGGCCACUGCUGGAUAUGGUACAGCAUUGGGUGUAAUCAGAGCUUUACACGAGAAGAACCGUAUAAAACAUGUAUAUUGUACCGAGACGCGGCCUUAUAACCAAGGUGCCAGACUCACCGCUUAUGAAUUGGUCCACGAGAACAUUCCAGCAACCCUGAUACUAGAUAGUAUGCCAGCCAUAUUGAUGUCUCACCACGAUAUAACGGCAGUGGUGGUUGGGGCUGAUCGUGUCGUAGCUAAUGGUGACACUGCUAACAAAAUUGGAACCAUACAAAUUGCCAUAAUUGCUAAACAUUUCAAAGUACCAUUUUAUGUUGCAUGUCCAUUAACAACAUUUGAUCCUAGCAAAGAAUCUGGGAAAGAAAUUGCAAUCGAAGAACGACCCCACAUUGAGAUGACCUCUAUUAAAGGACAAAGAAUUGCAGCCCAUGGGAUAGAUUGCUGGAAUCCAGCGUUCGAUGUAACACCAGCAGAGCUUAUUACCGGUGGCAUUGUCACAGAAUAUGGUGUAUUCAAACCUUCAGAGAUUAAAGAAAAACUUACAGCUAAAAAGAUGGAGAAAGAUAAAAUGAACAUGAAUGGGCAGAUGCGACGUCGAUCAUCAUAUUCUUCAUUUAAAACCAUUGAUAAUGGCAUGAUACAACAAUGAUAAUAUAUCAAUGAUUUAUCCAUGAAAUGAAAUUUGUUUUGUUUUC